ACUUGGGGUGUCAUGGCUUGGAGGGGCCCCUACCUGCUGCUGUCCCCCUUGCUGCUGAUGCUCCUAGCCUCAGGCUCCAGAGUGCUGGCAGUGGAGCCCGAGGAGCUGCAGGCGGUGGUGGGGCAGACGCUGUCUGUGCGGUGCCAGUACACACCCCAGAUGGGAGCCUACGUGAGAAAGAGCUGGUGUCGCCAGACAUCUGUGAAUAGAUGUACCAGGCUGGUCACCACCUCCGAGCCCCGCAAGGCAGAGGAGGAGCCACGGCACACCAUCUGGGAUGACCCGCAGGCUGGUUUCUUCAUCAUCAACACCACUGACCUGAGGGAGGAUGACUCCGGAGCCUACUGGUGUGGGAACUACAACGCUUCCGAAAACACGAUAUUCAUUCUCAGGAACAUUACCUUGCUGGUGUCCCCAGCCCCAUCCACCACCCACACAUGGACUACCGCCUGGCCCUUCAUAGCCACAUGA